AUGACUCAUCAGCAACAGCAGGACACGACGUUAUGCCUCUCGAGCAUGACGUUUCUUACACAGUCACGUUUGGGACACGACGUUUACAAAUUGGACCAGAUAAAAUUGCUGGAUGCUGGACAACAAGUCACUUUUUAUGAGGCCGUAAGCCAAAGUCCCAACAAAUGUGGUAUUCGUGUUAUCCAUGCUAUCCAUGCUAUCCGUGCUAUGUUUCCAUAUGAAACAGAAAUGUAUGACAAGGUUUGGAUUAUGGUCCUGUUCCUGAAAUCAUUUCCUGAACUGAAACCAUCUGUUGAGGCAUAUGACAAUCCAAAACUCGCUUCCUCCAAUCCUCAUCGAAAUUCAAUCACCAUCAAUAAACCCUUUAUGCAACGCCUUGUCAGCUAUUCACAAAGCGCUUUGAGCAUCUACAAAACAUAUUCUAUCGUUUUAAUUGUUUGCACCAAUCGCGUCUCUCCUAUCCAACUUAUGGCAAAGUUCAAACCUAUUUCUGAAAAACUUUGGAUGUCUUUGCUCCUGCCCACUGAUUUCUGGGCACAAAGCUGCUUCAUUGUGUCGAAACUGACUUUAUCGAGUAUUGCAUCUUCUGAUCAACUUACACCCCUGCAGGCUUUGUCCUCAUUCCUGACCGAAGCCUCUCCAACGUUAUAUGAAAAUCAAGUUGAGUGCGAUAAGGAUGUCUCAAAUGUGGUGGACAUCAUUUGCUACAACAACAAGAAAAUACUAAUGAAGGCUGAUGCUGCGUUAUUUGGUGUAUCUGGGUCAUUCAAGGCAAAAAAUCUGAUCGAGUGUGCAUUGGUUUUCAAUGCGGCUACCAAAAGAAAGUAUUGCCAAACUGUGGGCUCAGAUUCAGACUCGUUGCUGGAACUGCUGCCAAAGUUGAAGGGAAAGCCAAGGGAAGUAAUUCAAGAUAAAAAACAAGAUGACCUUGAAUUCAUGAUCAACUACCAGAAAAAUCUGAUUGGAAAGAUGAAUUAG